AUGGGUAUCAUGAUGAAUUUGGUCGGGGUGGUGAUAUUUGGCCUAGCUUGCUCUGUCGAGGCAUAUCCAGCUAAAAGCCAAGCCUCCAAGCCCCCUUUCUUCGUUUUGGCAGGAGAUAGCACCACCGCCGUUCAAUCCGCCGGAGGAGGAGGUUGGGGGGAUGGAUUCCUCAAUACGACUCUGUUCGGUCGAGCGGCUGGUCGCAAUCUAGGGCAUAAUGGCGCAACUACCGUCAGCUUUCGCUCUGGUGGUGAUUGGGACGAGGUCUUGGCUACCGUGGACAAAUUCAAGGAUUUCUAUCAUCCGGUUGUGACAAUCCAAUUUGGCCACAAUGAUCAAAAGCCGGCCGCGAAUAUUUCCUUGGAGCAAUACACCGAAAAUCUCCAGGAAUUUGUCGAAGAGGUUCUGGAUGCUGGAGCGACCCCGAUCUUGGUCACACCUUUGUCUCGACGGAACUAUGAGACUUCCACCGGCAGUCCACGCAUCAUACAAAGUCUGGCCAACGAGACCAUCGCGACACUCAGGGCCGCGCGCCGAUCUGCCGUCAGAGUUAUUGAUCUGAACAAGGCGAGCACGAAUUAUCUGAACGCGAUCGGACCAGCCAAUGCUUAUACAUACAACCUGAAUCCGACUGACUACACUCAUUUGAAUGAUGCUGGAAGUGUGGUGUUUGGAGGAAUUGUCGCUGACCUUAUCAUCCAGGUGGCGGGGGAUUUGUCGAGGGAUGGCUAUUUGAAAGUGAAUGCCGAUCUGAAGAAAGAUGUUGACGAAGGGGUGUACUACUGGCCUUGGACCUGA